AUUCCCCGUCCGCCUUCAAUUCGUGCUAAUUUAACGACCUCUGCACACCCAAAAACACCUGGCCUUUUACUUGUUUUGUGCAUUAUGACAACCUUUGAGAGCAUUCCAGUAACAGCAACCUCUCGCCGCAAAGAAAUGAGCUAUCGCCCGGUCAGCGGCCUGUCGGAUGUUGAUAGCAUAGCCAGCGAUGCCGACGACGAGGAUGCGUUAUUCGGGCCCGCGUCCAAUGCAGAGUUUCGCAGAAUGCAGGCCCACGACGAGCACCGCCGGAGGACCCAGGUGUUGAUGCUAUUGCCGCUGGACGACGUAUACUUCAACACCCCAGAGCACGAGGCGAGCGCAGUCAAGCUACAAGCGUGGUGGAGGAGCAUAAUGGCCCAGAGACAGUACAUGCGCAUGCGCAGCAGCGCUUUAUUAAUACAGCGGAUCGCCCGUGGUGCGCUUGCACGUCGCACAUUCCGCCGCCGCCGCCACGAAUUGCAGCAGCUGGCAUUCAAGGGCUCGGUCAGUGCGCGUCGCCGCAAGGACCAGGGGUGGGUGCCACCGCCACUGGCCUAUUCGCGGUCCGAGCCGCCAUUGUCGCGGUCCGAGCCAAUGAUCUCCUCACCACCGGCCUUCGCCGCCUCCAACGCAUCUGCCGCUACAAUCGAGACCACCAAGGUCCGUCGCGGCCGGUCCAUUCGCAACUGGUUCCAGCGGUCAUCGCCACCUAGCGACACCAGCGACAAUGCCCGCCCAAUUCACAACAGCAACCACCAUCACCAUCCACAGCAGCCCGACACCGACCCGCCAGCGUCUCCGACGACACUCAAGCCCAAACGCUCGAUUCUCCGCGCCAAAAUCGGCCUACUGGGCAGGCAGUCGCCAAGAUCGCCGGAACAUGCACCUAUGAGUGCCCCUGCGGAACGCGUCCCGAUGGUCACUGCGCGUGUCUACCCGGUCGUCGAAAUCGACAAGCGGUCGGAGGAAAUCAGCCUGCCACAAUCCCCACCAAUGUCUAUACGGUCUGUGCAGGCUGCCGCAAAGCCCCACAUGAUGCCACCGGUCCACCAGCCAACCGACCACAACGACAUGCAUUCCGGAAACUCUGCACGGCCACUGCACGUCCAUGGAUUCCAGAAGACUCGGGCGCAGCCGCCAAUAGAGCCAGUCCAUAGCACGCAGUCGGACGAGGACCCGCUGGAGCAAGGCAGCAGCAGGAUCGCCGUCGACAGCAGCGAGGAGAGCGAGACAUGUAACGCAACCCACGGCACCACAGUGGACUCGUCGAUGCCGUUCAUUCCGUUAAAGUCCAGCACACCAAAUGUAGAAGCAGCUGAUAUGGCAGACAAGUCGGAGGACGAUGACAUGCCGUUGGGCGAUCUUGCACGCAGCAGCAACGAGUCCAGCGCGGUAUCGCCCAUGGCCAUCGACGAGGAGUCGGCAGAGAAUGGCCCAGAGACGCCUGUCCGGCAGGCACGCAAAAUAACCGAUGCCAAUCUGGUCAGCGACAUUGAUUUCAAAGACAGCCCGGCCACUGCCUCGCCGACAAUCGCGCAUAUCGACAGCCUGUUCCAGAUGGCCGACGAAAACAUGGCCGCUGCGCAGCAGGUGCAAAUGAAGCACGAUGGCGAGGAGCUUUCGCCGCGGCUGUCACUGCGGCUAUCGGCCAAUGCAUCGACGUUCAACAAUUUCAACAUCUCUGCCUUUGCGCCUUCCACUGAACCCAUUAUUGAGAGCGCCGAGGCUUCGCUGCAAGACUCUGAGGACAGCCCGCGCGCCGCCCUGCGUCCACAGUCGACCCAGAACCCAAAUCCGCAGAGAACGACACGAACAGCAUGGCAUCAGUAGCAUCGAAGCCAGUGGACGCAGAGGAGAACCAGGAGGAAAUAGAGGAGACCCCGGCGCUGGCACGGCUGCGGUCGCUGCGGGCACGUCGUCUGGGCCAGGCAGUCACCACAAGCACAGCAGCUGAUCCAGAGACUUCCGGCAGCCGGCGGUUCCGUGCCACACAGACCCUGCCAAAGGCCAAGCACGUGGCCCAGAAGCCGCU